UGCACUCCACCCCAUAACAAAAUUACCCAUGUCGACAUUGCGACAACAAACGGUAGACAAGACUUACCAGCUACGUGAUCGAGGGUAUAAUGUAAUUGAAAUGUGGGAGCAUGAGUUUGAGAUGAAAAAGAAAACAGAUGAAAAAGUAAAAUAUUUUCUUCUAAGUCACGAGCUUCAGGAUCGAUUGAAUCCUAAAGAUGCUUUCUUCGGCGGGCGGACAAAUGCCAUUCAGCUGUAUUAUGAGGGUGAUGCAAAGUAUGUGGAUUUCACUUCACUGUAUCCAUGGGUCAAUAAAUACUGUUUGUACCCCGUCGGACACCCUAAUAUUAUUACUGAAAAUUUUGAUGCCUUGGAAAACUAUUUCGGUAUUAUAAAGUGCCGAAUACUGCCUCCUCGAGGUUUAUACCUCCCCGUAUUGCCGUACAGAGCACAAAAAUAA